UCGCCCAGAGAUACUACUGGCCGGGCCUCUUUCGCGAUAUUUCCAGGCAGGGAUGGAGAUCCAGUACACAGCGCCAUAUACCCCGCAGCAGAACCCGACAGAGAGGGCCAAUCGAACCAUUAAAACAAUGGUCGCCCAGUAUAUCGAGGACAAGCAGACGACUUGGGACGAACUCCUGCCCGAGUUGAACCUGGCGAUAAAUAGCAGCGUCUCCGACUCCACCGGAUUUAGUCCGGCGUUCAUCGUUCAAGGCCGAGAGCCACGACUCCCAGGAGCCUUGUAUGAUGAAGUGACUCCAGGACCAAGCCAAGCGCCACAUUCACCAGAAGCAAAGGCGGAAUUGCUGCGGGAUAUUUUCAAGGUGGUUCGAGAGAACACUCAACGGGCGUCGUUGGAACAGCGCAAGCAUUAUGAUCUCAGACGACGAUCAUGGAGGCCAACCAUAGGAUCACUGGUCUUUGUAAAGCAGCAUCAUUUGUCUAAGGCGGCGGAUAACUUUGCCGCCAAGCUCGCUCCCAAAUAUGAAGGCCCUUACAAAGUAAUCAAAUUUUUCUCUCCCACCAUAGUGCGCUUGCAGCAUCUUCACAGCCGGCAACGUCGAACAGCAGCCCUUGGGGACUUGAAGGAAGCAGUCAACGAGCCAGAAACACAGAAUCUGGUACCCAGCCGACUGGACCACGUAGAAGACACACAGAUUUCGGAGCAAGUUUAGCGAUCGAGGAGCGCUAAACCCCUGAGCAGCGGAGCAGCAGCAGCAGAGACGCAGAAGACAAGGAUACCCGCAGACGGCGGGAGAACACACGGCGAUAGCCACGCAGCAGCAGUCGCGGAAGUCCGUAUGAAGACGGCAAAA